AUUUUUCUGUAAAUAUUCAGUCUGGUUCUUUACUGAAAGAUGUUUUAACCUCCUUCGUCUUUUCUGAAGCCUUUUCGUUCUGCUGCCGGAUCGGGGGAUCUGUGAAGGAAUCUGGCAACCCCGCCUCCUGUUUUCACGCGCGGGAAAACCAAACCGAACUUCCGGUGUGGAUUUGUAGUUUAUUGACACGGUGGCGCGCGGAUCCGACGCUCUGUGUUUAAAGGGCAGUAGAGAGUAUAACCGUAACCGCGCUGUUAGCGUUUGCAUGUCGCCUCGCUUUACGGCAGGAAAAGUGACGUAAACUCGCGUUUGUCGUGUCUUCCCUCCUUAAACAGACCGCGGAGGCGCUCGCGGAGCCCGAACCGGACAUGGAUCGGUACGACGAAGUGAAAAGUUUGCUGAAACGCUGGGAGCUGCAGUUCCUGGGAGAGCACCGGAGGAAACCCUGCAAGGAGGAUGUUGACCAGGCGCCUGAAGACAUCCGAGGUCUGUACCGGGACUACCGGACCUUAAAGCGAGCCAAAGAGCAGAGCGGCAGCCAUGACCCACAGAGCCAGCUUCUCCCCGGUUCUGCUGAACCCCCGGCGCCUCCGAAGGACUCCGACUGCUGGGGGUCACACCUGAACCGCAGAGCAAUGCCAGGUCCUCCCCCCAAACUGACUCAGCAGGACAGAGACGGUCUCCAGGCUUCUUCUCAGUAUUAUGGCCUGAAGCUGAAGAACAACCUGGCUGCUCUGAGGAAGGAAACACCUUCUGUGUUGAAGAAGCCGAAGCUCACUGGAAGAGUUCCUUUGAGCUUCCUAAUGGAUGACCGGACCAAAUCCAAACCCAGUUCUGGUUCUGCUGGUGCUGUGCUGACGGUCAGGGCAGAACCUCCAUCCAGCCCCCUCAGAAGGAGGACGCCACCCUCACCACUUCCUCAGACCUGUUCUCCAGCGGAGCCUGAGGAACCUUUCAGAGCAUUUGAGGCUGAACCUGGAGAUGCUGUGAGGAGCUGCAGGAGAGAUGAACCUGCUGGAAGUUUCAGCUCUGCUGUGGAGGAGGAGACCAGAGGCUCUCCUGGAGCUCCAGGAGGUGCCCGUCCUCCUGGAGCUCCAGGAGGUGACGGUCCCCCUGAGGAAUCGGGAGGUGACGGUCCUUCUGAAGCUCCAGGAGGUGGCCGUCCUCCUGGAGCUCCAGUAGGUGGCGGUCCUCCUGGAGCUCCAGGCAGCAGAGGAACUUCUCACAGGAACGUGGACUCUGGAACGUCGGCUGUCUUUGAGGCUUGUCCAGCGUUCCUGAAAAGGAGCGUGGGAGCCGGCGUAGGAUGGCCCACUCCUGCCAGGAGGCUGAGCGUGGUGGACAGGAAGUGGUUACAGAGGUGUCAGGUGUUUGGAGAGAUGUCUGUGGAGGAAAGACCUGCAGCAGGUAACCAGGAAAUGAAACCUGAAGAAAGACUGGAAGAAAACGGGACGGAAAAUGACGGCAGAGGGAAGGAAAAAAAAGAUGGAGGGAGAGAAGGUGGAGCGGAAACGGAGAUGAAACCCGUCCGUGAUCUGGAAACUCCUCAGCUCCAAAGACGGAAGAAGAGAGGAGACAGGAAGCAGGAGGAGGACCUGACCAGAGGAGGCGUGGCCUCUGUUACUCCUCCCGAUGACGGAUCCCUGAAGUCCAAAAAGACUCAGAGGAAGAGGCAGAGACAGGAGGAUAAGCCGGAGGAAGGAGGGCAGCAGAAGAAGAAAAGGAGGAGUGCUCCACAGGAGCCCCCUAGACGAGAAGAGGAGGAGAAACGAGAGCGCCCCCGUGAGCCUCCCAGAGAGAACCUGCUGGGAGAAAUCCAGGAGGAGUUUGUGACCAAAGGGUUCCGGACGCCGUCUGCUAAACCCAGCAGUGCGGCCAAAGGAGCGGAAGGGAACUUUGUGAAGAUUAACCUGAAGAAGAAGUCACACGUCAAAGGAUACGCGCUGAGGGGGCAGGGCUUACGCAGACAGCUGUCUCUGCAGAAGUUCCAGAUGAAGGGAGAGCGCUUCGGUGGUGGGGGCGGACGCUUUGGCAGAGGAAGGAGGGGCGGCUUCAGGGGAGGGGCUAGUCGUCAUGGUGACACCUGCUUCAGGUGUGGGGGGACCGGACACUGGGCCACGGACUGCAGAGGACCAGUUCCCCCACCGCCGGAUCCUGAAGAACCACCUGCUGCUGAGGAGGAGGAGCCUUUUGAACUACCCACGCUGGAAGAGGUUGCCAGGGCAACAGGAACGCUGCAGUCGGGAACGGCAGACUCUCGGCAUCAUCUGGAAAAAGCAGAGACCACCCACCAUGAAGAUGAGGCUCUGCUGAAUGUGAUCCGACCGGAUUAUGAAUGUCCGGCCCCCCCUCCACCCAUGGAGCCUCUGUACGCCCUCACAGAGGAUGGGAAAGUUCAGGAAACUCCUGAAGCGGUCUACGCUGCUUUACGGGACCUCGGGUACCAGUCGUUCCGAGCAGGACAGGAGGAAGCCAUCAUGAGGAUCCUUUCAGGUCUGUCUACCCUGGUGGUGCUGUCCACUGGGAUGGGGAAGAGUCUGUGUUACCAGCUCCCAGCGUACCUGUACGCUCAGAGGUCCAGAUGCAUCUCUUUGGUCAUUUCUCCUCUGAUCUCUCUGAUGGAUGAUCAGCUGUCGGGUUUACCAGCCAAGCUCAGAGCCGCCUGCAUCCACUCCAACAUGACCAGGAAGCAGAGGGAGGCGGCCAUCGAGAAGGUGAAGUCCGGCCAGGUCUGCUUCCUGCUGGUGUCUCCGGAGGUUCUGGUCGGCUCAGCCGGUUCAGGAGCAGGAUGUCUGCCUUCCGCUCAGGAGCUCCCCCCAGUGGCCUUCGCCUGCAUAGACGAGGCUCAUUGUGUGUCCGAAUGGUCGCACAACUUCCGUCCUUGUUACUUAAGGCUGUGUAAGGUGCUGCGGGAGCGCCUCGGCGUGCAGUGUUUUCUGGGACUCACGGCCACCGCCACGCUGUCCACAGCUCUGGACAUCGCCCGGCACCUGGGCAUCAGCGACCAGCAGGGCAUCUCGGUGCGGUCUGCAGCGGUGCCGCCAAACCUCAACCUGUCUGUGUCCAUGGACCGAGAGAAGGACCAGGCUCUGGUCUCCUUGCUGAAAGGAGAGCGCUUCGGAUGUCUGGACUCCAUCAUCGUGUACUGCACCAGAAGGGAGGAGACGCUGCGCGUGGCGGCGCUGCUCAGGACCUGCCUGCAGGGGGUGCUGUUGAGCAGCGGCGGCCUCGGCAGCCAGACCGACCCUGCAGCUCAGAGGAAGAAGGAGCUGGCCAGGAAGAAGAUCCGGAAACCGCUGAAGUGGUUGGCCGAGUCGUACCACGCCGGCAUGUCGGCGGCCGAGCGCCGGCGUGUGCAGAACAACUUCAUGUGUGGAGAGCUGCGGAUCGUCGUGGCAACCGUGGCGUUCGGCAUGGGCCUGGAUAAGUCUGACGUGCGCGGCGUCGUCCACUACAACAUGCCCAAGAGCUUUGAGAGCUACGUUCAAGAAAUCGGGAGGGCAGGGAGAGACGGAGAACCAGCUCACUGCCACCUGUUUCUGGAUGCAGAGGGCGCAGACCUCCGGGAGCUCCGCCGUCAUAUCUACGCCGACACGGUGGACUAUUACACCAUCAAGAGGCUACUUCAGAGGGUUUUCCCAGCAUGCACCUGCAGACGGCUGCAGCAGCACCAGCAGGGACGCUGGAAGGACGUUGAAGACUCGGAUCUGCUGGAGGUGAUGAAGGAACAUGAGCAGGAGAACGGGCCGGACCGGGCCGCCCUGCAGGUCCGGACAGAAGGUUCUGGAGCUCAGGAGAACGAGCCGGACCGGGCCGACCUGCAGGUCCGGACAGAAGGUUCUGGAGCUCAGGAGAACGAGUCGGACCGGGCCGACCUGCAGGUCCGGACAGAAGGUUCUGGAGCUCAGCAGGCUGUGAUUGAAGAUGUGGAUCAGGAUCUCGCUGCAUUAGGACACGCCUCCAUGGAGGAUGGAACAGGAAGAGCAGAUCUGACCACGAGGGAGUGGCGCGGCGGCGUCUGGCCUGAACGACGAGCCUGCUGCACCCACGAGAGGGCGAUCCCCAUCCAGGAGGUGGUGGAGGCUCUGGACGUCCCCGAGGAAGGUGUGGAGACGCUGCUGUGCUACCUGGAGCUGCAUCCUCAGCGGUGGGUGGAGCUUCUGCACCCCACGCUGUCUGUGUGUAAAGUCAGUUGCUACGACGGACCCAAGCAGCUCCAGAAGGUCACCAAAAUCUGUCCUCCAGUUGCCGUGGUGCUGGCCCGGAAGAGGAUGGCCGGGGAGCGGGUGGAGCGGUGCGACCAGGUGGAGUUUGAUGUGGUGGAAGUGGCUGACAUUAUGGGUUGGCAGCUGCCGCUGGUGAAGCGGGGGCUGCGGCAGCUGCAGUGGAGCACAGACAGAGCCGGCGGGCGGAGCGGGGUGCUCGUGGAAUUCUCCGCCAUUUCGUUUUACUUCCGCUCCUACGGAGAUCUGAGCCCCGAGGAGAUGGACGUACUCUGCCACUUUCUCCACGGCCGCGUUCAGGAGCAGGAGAGGACACGGCUGCAGCAGCUGACCGCCUGUUUCAAGGCCUUCAGAAGCGUUGCCUUUCAGAGCGUUCUGUCCUGCGUUCAGCAUCUGGACAGGAGCCGCAGCCAGCAGCUGAAAGCUCUGCUGUCCGAGUAUUUCGACAGGAAGAAGGAAAGGGGUGGAGCCGUCCAGCUGGAGGAGGAGCCAGAGGACCUGGACACAAACGAGCUGCUGGACUGGGAGGAGCAGGUCAGAACCGACAUCAGGAGGUUCCUCGCUCUGCGGAGCGACGAGAAGUUCUCUGGACGAGCCGUCGCCAGGAUCCUCCACGGCAUCGGAAGUCCCCGUUAUCCUGCCCAAAUCUACGGCAGAGACCGCCGGUUCUGGAGGAAGUACCUUCACCUGGACUUUAACCGCCUGAUCCAAAUGGCCACGCAGGAGAUCAUCGGCUUCAAGUGACGGUUCCGUUUGUUGUUCUGGUUGAUAUUUGACAUUUUCUCUGUGUUUAUUCAGUGGCUGUAAAUAAUAAAAUCUGAUGUUUUUAUGUUGUUGAA